GCAAAACAUUCCGUACUCAGCUGUUUACACAAGAAUCGCAAACAAUAAACUUCAUGAGUACAAACGCUUUUCAAUGUUGGUUAAUCGCACUUAGAUAUAAUAUAUACAUAGUAAUCAUCGAAACACAUCGAUGUCUGAUAUGUCAUUAUAAAUACACAAAAUUCGGAGCAUUGUUUUUAACUGACUGGCUUGAACAACGGUAAGGUAUCGUCACAGGUAAACCGGUCUUUCUCACCAGAUCUAUUAAUAGACUGACAGGCGCUCACUGUCGCUACAGCUGUCAGGCAUGGUCGGUCAGUCGAUCGGUGUACAGGUAAAGGUGACCGUUGUGCCUGGGGGGAAGUUUCAGCGAAAAGGGGAAGUUUCAGCGGAAAGGGGAAGUUUCAGCAGAAAGGCGAAGUUUCAGCGGAAAGGGGGAGUUUCAGCGGACCAAGGGGAAAUUUAACAGAAAAGGGGAAGUCCUACCGGGAAUAGUAUGCUUAUAAAGCAGCCCAGACUGAGGCGUUCAAACACGGUGUUGAUGGAAAACUGUUUAUUAUUCUCAAGGACGACAGAAAGCGUAGACUUGGAUAUGAUACCCCUUUACACAAAUGAUAACUUCAGACGAGCAGGAAAGGGUUAUUUCUAAUAACUGUGAUUAUCGGUAGUAGACUUCUCCGGGAAGUUUCCCCGGUUACCGAUAACUUCGUGUUGGUUCUGAACUUUUUCUGUAUAUGGGAUGUAUGCCGUGUGAUUCCGAUUCCAAGUAGAACACAGGCUUCAUAACUACCAAAGAACCCUAAUCAAGGAGUUUACAAUUGACUUCAGAUUUGGCAGAUGGAGUGGCUGUUGGACAGAUCGCAGACGUUUGGAAACGUGAGCAGUGAAAACAAAAAAUCCUGGUUUCCAAAAACACUGGUAUUGUACAAAUAUGCAUGAUCUUUACAAAUCGAUGCAUGGAAAGGAGAACGAACAAGCCAGCCUGUUUGUAUCGACCCUAUUUUAUCACGACUAGAGAACUGAUGUUGGCGAUGUAAUAGUUUCCCAACAGAAAUAAUGACUUCUGUGGCAAAGAAAAGAAGGUUCUGGUGUUUACUGAUUGUAACUUCGUGUACAGUAUUCUUUGUACUAGCCAGAUUUCUACCUCUGUCGGAUAAUAUCCAGAUACAGCGUACUGCUGCGGUACCUUCUACGUAUCUUUUUAGAAAAAUGGCAGCUCAGAAACGUGAUGCGAUACUGAAUACAAGAACUCUUCCAAAUAGCACAUACUCAAGGAUAAGUUUUAUCGACCGUAGACAAACUUACAAAGUUGGCGAAGUGUUGAUAGUAACAAUAACCCUGUACGAUUCCACCGGAACAAGAAUUAGGAGUGGCGGUGAUAUGCUGAGACUAUUGUUAAAGGAAGCAAAACUAGGCGCCAACGUGAACGGGAAUGUAACCGACAAUGGGGACGGAACGUACACCGGAAAAGUUUUGUUGCCAUGGCGAGGAGAGUCACAACUGGUCGUAUACCUGUCCAUACCACGCCAGCUCCACGAGAUAGUAGUAAAUGCAGCUAAUGAAUAUGGUACCAUGCGACAUAUUUUAGGAAUAUUUACUAGAAAUAAUACAAAUAUAAGAACGCCAUGUGGACCGAUUAAAGUGAUAAAGGGUUUCGAUUCUCUUUGCAAUCUGACAGAAAUGGCCUACAACAUGCCUUGGUAUUGUGUGAAGCCAAAGCCGGCGGAAUUUACCUGCAAACACUGGACAUUGUCUGUAACAGCCUCAAACUUCACGCUGUCACCAAGCGUAACACAUGCAUUACUAGCCCACCAACACAAAGUAUUCCCGAAGAAGACUUUCAUCACAGUGAAAGGAGACAGAACGUCGAUGAGGACAAGCGAAACUCCGUGCGAUAAACGUCCUCGAGAACAAACCUGGGACUUUGGAACAUCUGGCUUCUACUAUAACUACACAUGGGUGAAUAUCGGCUGCAGAAACCGAUACAAGAUGACCCGAAAACAGUAUUCCAAGUGUCUCGCGCAUCGCCAUCUCGUGCUUAUAGGAGAUUCCAAUGUAAGGUCAUAUUUAGAGUUUUUCACGAGGUUUCUAAAGCUGAAAAUCACUUCUGGAAACCCCUUUGAUAACAAACCAGAUUUGGUGUUCGGUCACAACAUUUCCCAAUCGAUAUCCGCCAUGUGGAGACCUCAUGGUGUGCCAUAUUUUGCAGCAUAUCCUUAUCGCAAUGAAGUGCUUGUUCCUACGUCCGUGAUCCUGGAUCGUCUGAAGGUGCUCCGUGACAAUAGACCAAUAGUCGUCAUCCAUUUGUGGUCCCACAUGCUCGCCAUUCCCAUCCACAUAGUGGAAGAGAGAAUUCGGGAUGUGAGGAAAGCGGUCGAGCGUCUCCUGUCUAGAGCUCCCAAUGUCACCGUUGUUAUAAAGGGUCCACAAUCGCAUUUAGAAAGCCAAAUCUAUCUACAGGUGGAUUUUAAAAGAGUCAGUUUUGAACGAAUAUGGCAGCAUGAAUUCAGAUAUUUAAAAAAUAAAGUGAUAUACCUUAAUUAUUGGGACAUAACUACAGGAAGUGAAAGUAAACAAUUACAUCCAAGUCAAAAGAUACUUAGUGACAUGGUCAACACAUUUAUAAACCAUGUCUGUGAUGUAUGAUACCAGUUAAUUAGCGUCGAGACAAGGAGAUCGAAAAAGAAGGUGUCUGUGCAAUGUGCCGCAUUUAUUUCUGGGUUCAGUUUUCUAUUUUUGACACAGGUUUUGUUGGCAAGCAAUACUUCCUCAUACAACCGGCUAAAAUUCCUCCAGACUUAAUUAUAUUUACAAAUUCCUCCAGACUCAAUUAUAUUUACAAAUGUUUUAUGGGGUUUUCCAUCUAUCUCCCUCAACCCAACCGGAACCCCUAUACAAAACCCCUUCCCUCCCAGCUCACCAUUCAAAACCAUCAGGACGUUCCAAGAACAGAGGAUAAGAGUGCUUUAAUUAACACAGUCCACUGUGUUAAUUAAAGCACAUUGGAAUUAACGUCGUGUUGCAAAGGCGAAGUUAGCUAACAUUGUUUGUCAGUCGGUUCGUCCGUCCAUCAACUUUCCAUUAUGGGAAAGUUACUUGUCUCAAAAUUCAAAUUACUAUGCCAUGUUCUCAAAUAGGAUUUAACUUUUGUUGAUCACAUAAAUAAGGACGUGCUCGUCCAUAUAAACACUUUGUUUAGCAUGUGCCGGGCUGAUUUGAAUCUGAUACAUGCAAAAAUUGAAAACCAGGAGAGCAUAUAGAAUAUGCCCGAUGCUCCUGUUAUUUCUUUCUUGCAUCACUCUUACUGCUUUUGAAUAUAACUGAUGUAGAGAGGCUGGAUUGGUCCUUGGUGUUUCAGACCCGAUUCAAUAUCUUUAAAAAUUAAAUCUAAUUGUAUAUAUUCGUGCAUGUUUUGUAAAAAAGCUGAA